AUGGAGGUAGAUGACGAGGAGUACAGAACCUUUGUUGCAGGUCGAGAUACUCGACUAUUUGACAAUGAUGAUACCGUUCCCGAGGAUUGGGGCAACUUUGAUAUGGAUGGGCUCACGGUUAAUGAUGGUCAUGACAAUAACUGGGUGUAUAAUCAAAUUGAGAUCCAAAGUGGACAACUGUUUCACGAUAAGAAGCACUUGCAACAUGCAGUUAAGAAAUGGUCUUUCAUGGAAAAGAAACCAUUCAAGGUGGUUAUUUCCAAUCCAACCACAUAUGAUGUCAAGUGCCUAUCCCCUGGUUGUCCAUGGCAGGUUCAUGGUUACCUACCGAAGGGGGAGAACGACUUUGUGGCUUCGAUCGUUGCUGGGCACUCGUGCAAGCUUUCAGAAACCGUUGUGAAGCAUAGAAACAUGACAGCUGAGUUUGUGGCCACUGUGAUGUACGGAGAAAUUGUGAAGAAGACUUGUAUAUCUCCAUUUCAGAUCAUGCUUGCAAUUUCCAAUAGAUUCUCCUAUGAAAUAUCUUAUGACAUGGCAUGGCGAGCAAAGCAGAAGGCGCUCGAGUGGAGGUUUGGCUCAUACAAGGAUUCGUACCACCACCUACCACAUCUACUGGCACUACUACAGAGUAGGAAUCCAGGAACUAUAAUUGAUAUUGAUGACUAUCAGGAUGCAAAUGGUGACAGGGUGCUUAGGCGUGCCUUCUGGUCCUUUGGGUGCAUGAUUGAAGCUUUCAAACACUGCAGACCGGUUCUCUGUGUGGAUGGAACAUUUCUGACCGGAAUGUAUAAAGAGCAGCUGCUCACCUACAUUGGGGUCGACGCAAACGACAAGGUUGUCCCGAUUGCCUUUGCUUUUGUGGAAUCUGAGAACGCUGAAAGCUAG